CCCAUCAUAGGUGAUUUCGCGCUCUCUUUUGUUGCGACCUCUGCCUUCCCUUUGCCAGCCACCCAUCCGCCAUCAUGGGCGCUGAUAGCAUAGAGGCUCCCCAGUCGACCUCGGUCCAUAAUGUCAAUGACGACCCCAAGGCAGUCCAGGUCGGCCGUGAGAACCUUCACUAUGCUGUUCCUCCCCAUGAGUCCUAUGAGGGCUCCCACAGAUGGGAUCCUGAGGUAACCUGGACUGCAGAAGAAGAGGCUCGUGUCGUCCGCAAGACCGACAUUCGCCUCCUCAUCUGGUUGUGUCUUAUGUUUUUUGGUCUCCAGCUCGACCGCGGCAACUUGUCCAACACACUCGCCGACACCAUCUUGACCGACCUUAAGCUUACCACCGACGACUACAACAACGGAACCACCAUCCAACUGCUCUGUUUCCUCGCGGCAGAAUUCCCCGUGCAGUUCCUCACCAAGCGCUACGGGUUUCACCUGGUCCUCCCCAUCCUCAUGAUGUGCUGGAGUACCGUCAGCUGGGCACAGGCAUUCAUGACGGACCGUACCUCCUUCUACAUCACCCGUGCUCUGAUUGGCGCCUUUGAGGGAGGUUUCAUCCCUGGUGUCAUCCUCAUGUCGACCUACUACUACACCUCGCGUGAGCUCAGUAUUCGCCUCGCCGCGUUUUGGUCGACGCUGAACAUUGCUCGCGUCAUUUCGGCGCUGCUGGCGGCCGGUAUUCUGGAGAUGCGCGGUAUUGGCGGCCACCCUGGUUGGUUCUGGUUGUUUUUGCUUGAGGGACUGCUGACCUUCCUCAUUGGCUUCAUCUCGAUCCUCUAUCUGCCUGUCUCACCCACGUCCACCAAGUCUGUGCUCUGCCGCAAGCCAUGGUACACGGAGCGCGAAGAGUUCAUCAUGGUCAACCGUAUCUUGCGGGACGACCCGGCAAAGGGCCUCACAGCCCUCAAGGAGCCGGCUACGUGGAAAGACGUCAAGGCAGCCUGGACGGACAAGUCCAUGUGGGGUCUAUACUUCAUCGGUCUUGUUGCCUAUAUCCCGGCCACACCUGUCCAGGCAUACCUUUCCUUGACCCUCAAACGGAUUGGCUUUACCACGUUUUCAGCCAACAUGCUCACGGCUCCUUCUGCCGCUAUUCAGAUCACUACCAUGUUGGCUCUGGCUUUCUCGAGCGAGUACUUCAAUGAGCGUACCUUGCAUUGUAUCUUCGGAGAGGCAUGGAUCUUGCCCCUUCUGACGGCUCUUCUCACCCUUCCUGACGGCGGCAGGGAAUGGGGUCGCUUCAGUCUGAUUACGCUCAUCAGUGGCUACCCGUACUUCCACCCCUUGGUAUCGUCCUGGAUCUCAGAGAACACGUUUGACGUCAAGAAGCGUGCCCUCACCGCGGCUACCUAUAACGUCAUUGUCCAAAUUGGCUCCCUUAUCGGCUCCCAGAUCUACCGCUCCUGGGAUGGGCCAUACUACAAGACUGGUAACAAGGUCCUUGUCGCCAUUUGUGCGCUAGCCUUGGUGACGUUCGUCGUGCAGCGACAGUACCUCGUGUACCUCAACAAGCGGAAGGAGAAGGCUUGGAACGCCAUGACGCCCGAGGAGCAGCUUGCAUAUCAGAACGAUACAGUCGCCCGCGAAGGCGAGGGGAACAAGAGACUGGACUUCAGGUUCAAGUAUUAGGUGUUGGCUUGCUUCUUGUCUCGCCCAUGUACGUGAUAAAGCGCAUUCCACCAACUACAGAAUGGCUCUCGAUAGUCGAGUAGCGACCAAAGAGCUCCCUUGAUAUCUUCGGGCUAGAAUAAUCAAACAUUACUAGGCCUUCAGAUUUCGCCUUCCAUGGUCACAUCGACUCUUGGAGAAUUCGCCUCGUUCGUGAUGGGUUCAUAAAUAUCGUGGUGUCGUGC